UGCUGCUGGCUACUACGUGAUCCAGCUGAUCCUUAAAUGAAAGUUUUGUAUCGAGCAAAACACCUAGAUCCUUAACACAUUGUUUUCGCGCCAAGGACUUUAUUGAAUACCCCUGACAUUAUUUAGAUGUUGCCAUGUAACCGGGAAAAAUUAACUACCAAUCAAAAUGACACACACAAAAAGUUAUUUGUUAUAACGGCCAAAACAGUCAAGCCAGUUAUACCAGUUUUAAAUCUUUGACAACGCGCACUUAAUUACACGCCGCACACUGUACUUACACUGUUUGCAAUGCACAAACGUCAAACAUGUUUUCCAAUCCGCCACCAAAACAGUAAACAACUCAGGUGCAGUUGGAAAAUUUUAGUUUUACCACCGUAAAAAUGAAAUUUUCAUGUGCAAUUUGUGCGGAAGUGUACAAUUUAACGCACUUUAAGAAGCUGCUAGAUGUGGCGGAAAUAUUUUCCCAGCUCACAUCGCUGGAGGUGUCCUCGUUAAACGAGGUAGAGCAGUUGAGAGUUUGUGAAAUUUGUCACCAGAAAUUGAUCGAUUUUCAUAGCUUCCGUUCGCUGUGCGUUGCUGCCCACACCAAACUCUCGCAGGACCAUGAAGAGCUAUCCAAACUAUGCAUCGUGAAGCUCGAUGAGGCGGAAUUUCCAACCGACUGCCCAGGGGAAGAUGGUACUGACGUAUUGGCGGAUAAUGACGCCUCCUUCGAGGAACCAUCGCUCGUAAUUGAACCCAUUACCAGCGUCGUUGUGAAGGAGGAACCAGAUGCACACGAAUACGACGAGGAACGGCCCCAGGACACAGCGAGCGAGGAAGAAUUCGUCCCACCGGAGCCGAAAAGAAGGGGAAGAAAAAAGUUGGUCACCAAAGAGAAGAGUGCUCCGGUAACACGCCGGGUCGAGCUGGCGUGCCAUUUGUGCGACGAUAAGUUCCGCACCCAGAACCGGCUCGACGGGCAUCUACGGAUGCACCAGGGACUCAAACCGGCACUGUGCAAAGAGUGCGGCAAAGAGUUUGCCGGCUGGCGGAGCUUGCGGCGCCACAUGAAGGAGAAGCACCUGAAGCUGGACAUUGGAUACUUUCCGUGCGAUUACGAGGGCUGCACCUACUCGUACACCACCCGGAAGGUGCUGCUGCAGCAUAAGAAGAAGCACGAACCGGGCUGGGUGAAACCGGUGCCGAAGAAGUGUGUCUGCGAAACGUGCGGCAAAACGUUUUCCUCCAAUGGUUCGCUGAAGAAACAUACACUCAUCCACACGGGAGAGCUACAGUUCCGGUGCGAAAUCUGCGACAAGCGGUACUGCACCGCGUACAAGCUGAAGGUGCACGUGAUGCGCCACCAGGGCAUCAAGAACUACGAGUGUACCUACUGCGGGCAGAAGAAAACCACCCCGGACGAGCUGAAGCGGCACAUGAACUUCCACACCAAGGAGAAGGUGCUGAACUGUGACCUGUGCGGGCAGGUGUUUCUCUCGUCUGGCAAUUAUUCGCGACACCUGAAGAUUGUGCACUGCGGGAUAAAGAACUUUAAGUGCCCACACUGUGAGCGUAGCUUCGGGAAGGCGGAAACGCUCAAAAACCACAUCAUGACGCACACGGGCGAAAAGCCGUACGAGUGUGCGAUCUGCUCGAAGCGCUUCAUCCAGCAGUGCGCACUGAAAACGCACCUCAAAACGCACGACAAGCGAAAGAAAGAGCCAAAGCAGAGUAGUAGUAGUAGUAGUAGUAGUAGCGCAGCGGAGGUGCAGUAGGCCGCGAGAAGCGCGCCAACAGUUAAGUUAAUUUAAGUUACGUUAACAUUUAAGGCAGGCAGAACUGGAAGUAUUUCACGUAAUGUUAGCACAGAACAGAACUAGGGGUAGGUGGUUUUACGCUUUUUCGUGUGACACUUUAUUAACCACAGAAACAAUUUAAUACAUUGAUAAAUGCAUCUUUGUGUGUGUGUUUUGUCUUGUACGCAUGCAGGAAGAAAUCUUGGGACGGUGAAGACUUUCCAGUAAUCUAGCGUCUACUCGUAACAGUUUCGGGAGGUUUUUUUUCUCCACCCCGAUCUUACAUAAACACGCACACAUACGAUUUACAGGAUGACUACAUGGAAAACGGCUCGAUUCAACAAACAUUUCACGCUACGAAACUAACACCGAAAACUGAGCGAACUUUUGUUGCGGUUUGAUUCGCAAGCAUGUUGCGUUAAACUUCUUGUACAUGUAUAUGCAAAAAAACAAAAAAACAGAGAGCUCUUGA